AUGAACGCGCUUCGAUUCCAUGGCCAGAACGACUUGCGAUUUGAGAAGAUUCCGAUACCACAAGUCAAAGCAGGACAGGUCAAAGUAAAACCUGCGUGGGUAGGAAUUUGCGGAACAGCUGAGCACCUAGGUGGCGCAAAUCUCUGCCCUACUACACCCCAUCCAAUCACCGGCGAAACGAUUCCAUUGACUUUCGGACACGAGUUCAGCGGCACAGUAGAAGAAGUCGGGGAUGGUGUAACUGACUACAAGCCCGGCGACAGAGUGGUCAUCCAGCCUAUCAUUUAUGAUGACACCUGCGGCGCAUGCGAGGAAGGUCUGCAAAACUGCUGCUGGUCUAACGGCUUCAUAGGCCUGUCGGGCUGGGGCGGUGGUCUUGCAGACCACAUCGUCGUCCCCACUUCUACACUUUACCAUCUCCCUGAUAAUGUACCACUCGAGAUCGGCGCCCUCGUCGAGCCUCUCGCUGUUGGUUGGCACGCUGUCAAGAUCAGUCCUUUCAAGAAAGGCGACGUUGCAUUAGUCUUGGGCGGUGGACCCAUCGGGAUAUCAACAAUUCUGGCAUUGAAGGCCAAAGGAUGCGAUAGAAUUAUCGUUUCGGAAGUGAGCAGAAAGAGGCAAGAGUUCGCGAGCAAAUUCGGAGCGCAUUACAUCAUCGAUCCAACCAAAGACGACCUUCCAAAGCGCUGUCGCGAACUCACGGGAGGCAAGGGUGUGCACGUAGUCUACGAUUGUGCUGGCGUCCAGGCAGCUCUCAACCAAGCCGUUCACGCUACCCGUGCUCGGGGUUGUAUCGUCAAUAUCGCCAUAUGGGAAAAGCCUUGCACCAUUUUUACUAACGACUUCAACUUCAAGGAGCGGACUUACAUGGGUAUUGCAACUUAUGAGGUUGGCGACUUCCAGGAAGUGAUCGAUGCGCUGAGCAGAGGGGACAUGGAUCCCAAAGAGAUGAUCACGCAGAAGAUUGGUCUGACCGAAGUGGAAGAGAAGGGCUUCAAGAGCUUGAUCAACGACAAAGACAACCAGGUUAAGAUCUUGGUGGAAGUCGGUGGAGGUUCGUAG